GAUGGCUUGUGUGCGUAAGAAAAGGCUUUCCCGACCGGCCCGGCUUGUGAUUACUGCCAGCUUUGAGUGACGGCAGUCGGCGUUCGGUUGGCUGCAGGCGGUCCCGUUGACGUCCUGCGUCUGCCCGCGUUCUGUGCUCGUGUCCGGAGUUGAACGCAAGUUGAUGAUGAGACUUGCUGACCCCUUUCCGUUGGGACGCACGCGUGCGCGGAGGGCCGGGCCAGCGGGACAGCUGGGAACCCCCGGCUCCUGCUGCGGGAACUGGUGGGCACACACCUCCAGCGCGAGUGCUGCCGGUGCUUGCAGACCGCUUGUGUGAGCAGCGGGAGUGAAACCCGACUCUGCGAGCUUGCAGGGUCACGCAGUGCUCUGCUGCACGGAUCCCGCUGGGUGCUGCAGCUGCCUCCCUCCCUGUGCUGUGCUUCCUCUGGAGCACAAUCUGCCCGGCUGUUGCCUGGGGGGCAGCGUGAGGACUGAGCUGUGCUGCCCUUCCCAUCGGCAGGGCUUGGCUCUGUCUCUGUCCUCUUUGCUGCUGGUGUGCUGGUGGAAGUUUUGUUAUCUUUCAGUCUCUUGGAAACUGAUGCAGAAGUUUGUGGAAAAUGAGGAGAGAAACGUGCCAAGUGGGUGCAUCAUGUGAUCGUGUUACAGCUUUUUCUCUUGGAAACAACUUGUGUGUCACCUUCCUGGGGAGGUUCUACCAGAGUCUAAAGGACAACAAUGUUGAGUUCACACCCGCCAGUAUUGAAAAGGAGCUCAUGAAAUCCUGCAGAGAGGCAAAAGGCAAAGAGAACCGGUUGUGCUAUUAUAUUGGGGCUACAAGUGAUGCAGCCACCAAAAUUAUUAACGAGGUGUCAAAACCCAUGAGUCACCACAUCCCCGUGGAAAAGAUCUGCGAGAAACUGAAGAAGAAAGACAGUCAGAUCUGCGAACUGAAAUACGACAAACAGAUCGACCUAAGCACCGCCGACCUGCGCAAGCUGCGCGUCAAGGAGCUGCGGCGGAUCCUCGACGAUUGGGGCGAGGCGUGCAAGGGCUGCGCCGAGAAAUCCGACUUCAUCCGCAGGAUCCACGAACUGAUGCCCAAGUACGCGCCGAGGGCGGCGGGCGCUCGCGCCGACCUCUGAGGAGGGGCCGCGCGGGGCGGGCGCGGAGACGCUGCGACGGCGCGCGCUGUACGGGGCUUAUUAAAGUACCACGGUUCUGCCGGG